AUGAAGGUCAUUAAGUCCAGUGAAAGUGUAAAUAUUCCUCAGGGCGUUGAAGUCAAGUCGAUCCGUCGAGUGGUUUAUGUUAAAGGCCCUCGAGGAACCUUGAAGCGAGCCUUCAAACACUUGUCUGUGGAUAUCAAGGUGACGCCCAAGCGCCUGACCGUGACCAAAUACUUCGGGGAUCGUAAAGAAUUGGCUUCCGUCCGCACUGUCUGUUCUCAUAUAGAAAAUAUGAUUAAAGGUGUCACAAACGGAUACCGGUACAAAAUGAAGUCCGUUUACGCCCAUUUCCCGAUCAAUAUGGUUGUAUCCGGCGAUGGUUCAAAGCUCGAGAUUCGAAACUUCUUGGGGGAGAAAAGCAACAAAUGCGUCAACCUUGAGAGUGGCGUUAAAGUGUCUCCGACGGGCGUGAAGGACGAAAUUCAACUCGAAGGAAAUGAUAUCGAGAAGGUUGCAAAGAUGGCUUCUCAAAUACACCAGUGCUGCAAAGUACGCAAUAAGGAUAUCCGGAAGUUCUUGGAUGGAAUUUAUGUAUCCCAGAAGGGUGUUAUCCAGUAA